AAAGGAGUGGCCAUAGAUGUGUUUGCACAAUGGGUAUUGAUGUAUAUAAAUACACCAAGUCUCUCAGUAACAAGAUACACUGCGAAAAGAGCUUAAAGAGCAGGUUGAUCAUGGCAUCGCACACCUUAUUCUGCUGUUCCGUCUUGCUACUGUUUCAGUACACUGCCUCUUCAUUUCCGACCAUUGAUACAAUCAGGGAUCUGAGAGACAUAUGGUACGGCAGCAUCUUCCCACGACAUGGUCUCUAUCUGCUUUACUGGUUUGUUGACCAAUCAGAGAUCGACAUCAACCAUGACAUCAUCCAAACCCAUUUCGAUCCAGCCAGAGGGGACUAUGGCUUUGGUUUCUUCGAUAAUAACGACAGUUUCCUCCCAGCUCUGACCGAUCUAAAGAGGCAAGCUUACUACGCAGUGGGGGAUAUCAGUAAAGCUAACUCAUGGGCCUUGCCUGAGUAUGUCACUGAAAACUACUACAACUCACUGAAAUCUGGCAACAGAAAUAGGGACAGGAUCAUAGUCAGGGUUGUCCAGGCAGAAGGGUCAACUCAAACCAGUUUGGAUAAGGUCUUUGUCACUGAACUUUAUCCGUUCAAUGAUAACCAAGCAAAUUCCUUCCAUCCAAAUCACACGUACACCAUUAGCUUCGACCUCUUACGAGAAAUCCAGAUGUUACAGGUCCAUUGGAGGAACGACACAUUGGGCGGUUUGGAGGCAUUUCUGGGACAAGCUGGGUACCAAACGUGCCCGUCACCUGAAUUCCAGGUCUGUUAUGCGAAGUCUAUUCGAUUCCAAAGGCUUCAGAUGGUGGAAAUGAAGACUGAGGACGAUUGUCACCCGCUGAGGCUUGACGUCAAACCAGCUGAGAACGGCUACCUGAAAAUGAGUUGGAGCAACCUACCAAAGUCCAUCAUGGACCGUUACAUGGUGGUGGGGCUUUUCAAGGAUGAUGGUAGUUCGACCAAACUAGCUGAGUCCCCCGUCGGCAACGACACGUCCGGAACCUCUGACAUUUUCGUGGCCCUCAAUCCUGGUCUUCAGGUCAGGCUCCUCAAAAAAUCUCCCUGGGACACGACCGAAAGGGAAGUCUGGCGUGGUGCCGAAUUUGACGAUGCGGACAGUUUGAUUCCUGUCGUCGUGAAAGGCUACGAUGCCAGUCUGCAGCUCUACACAAAAAAUGGCUACGCCUGCGCUCGCCUGUUUGUGAAGAAGUCCUUUGCUGACUGGAAGGAGGUGUUUUAUUACUCGUGGGUAGGGUUCUACUCUGCGAACAGUGUCAGCAACAAGGAAUACCAAACCUACCAGUGGGCAGUGUAUUUUACUAAAGACACUCCCUCAGAUGAGAUACCUGAAUAUGAUGUCUAUGUUUAUGAGUCCAGUAUGGCCACUUCUCCAGGUGCCCAGGCCCGAUUCAUGCUGUCGGAAUACAACGAAGUAGCACGUACGGUAGCCUGGGAAAGUCAACCCUAAAAACCAAGCCCUCGAUGAAAUGUAGAGAAUUUUUAUGCCAUGAUGAUGUUGGGGUCUUUGAAGCAAAUGUUUAUAUAAAAAAAGUAUUUAACCGUUGAAUCAUUGUUGUUAUGUAACUUUAAUCAGACAAUACUGAAAUGUACUAUUCCAAAGAAACAUGAAUUUGAACCUUGAGUCUGAUCACAAAUCACUUAUUUUUCUUUGGCACCCUUGUUUCAUGAAUAAUUCUGACAUAAUUCUCAAAAUAAAAUGAAAUAGUAAUCAACUGUA